GCGUUAUGAUUGGUCAAUGGCGCUGUCAAUCAGCGCGGGGAGGCGGGCGCUGGUGGCCGAUGGACGAGCGGAAGGUGUCCGUGUCCGAGCUGCUCAACUCCAGCAUCUACCUGUUCGGAUGUGUGCUGGAAGAAGGAAGAAAAGAAUACAAAUUCCAGGUGCAAGAUGAUCGGAUGGCGCACCAACUCAUUCUAAGGACAGUAUGUGUGGGUCCAGAAACAAAAGAUGAGCUACAUGUCAUUGAGGUAGAGGCUAUGAACUCGAAUGGAAAAAUGAUCAAGGUGCCUUUGACAUCUCUGAAGCCAUCUAUUCUAACUACAAUCGUCCUGGGAGGUUUUGAGGUGUCCCCUCCAGUCUGUUUACGUCUGAAGACUGGCUCUGGUCCCAUCUACAUCAGCGGAGAGCACAUUGUUGGUAUGUCUGACUCCGACUCCGAAUCGGAGUCUGAAUCUGAAGAGAAUCACCAGAUGAAGCUGCCUGUGAAGAAGGAACCUGUCAAACUGGCAUUGUCCCCCAGUACACAGCACCCUGUUAAGAAAAAACCAGAGUUAGAAAAAUCAUUAAAAGAUAAGGUGAUGACUGAUAAAACUGAAAAUGAUGAUGAUGCCGAUGAUGAAGAUGAAGAUGAUGACGAUGAAGAUGAGGAGGAAGAUGAUGAAGAGGAGGACGAAGAUGACGAGGACGAAGAUGACGACGACGACGACGACGACGACGACGACGAUGAUGAUGAUGAGGAAGAGGACGAGGAGGAAGAUGACGAGGAAGAGAUUGUGAAGACUACUAUUAAAACACCCAUUAAAACUCCAGAUACAAACCUAAAGCAGGAAGACAAAUCAAAACAAGUGAAACCUGCCAAGAUUUCACCCACUGUUGAUGAAAUAAAAGACAAACUGAAGGACAUGGUUGAGAAGGGGCAGCACUUACCGAAGACGAAACAGAAGUUUCAAAACUUUAUAAAAAGCUCAUUACGAUUUGGAGACCAAAAAGUCAUUGGAGAACUCUGGGUCUGGGGACAGAAGUUGAAGCAGAUCAAGUGAGGGAUUUCAGAAAGCGGCCAAUGAGUUUUUCGAGUGAAUAACUUAUCAUUUCAGAAUAGUCAAUAGACUUCCUUUGUUUCCCCAAGCAACGUUUAUUUUCUUGUCAAGUCUUUUGCUCAGCUUAGGUUGCUUCAAGUUGACAGCCUCUAAGCUAUUUUUAUUCUCAUUUCCAAGAAGCUGGAUGACCGCGUUGGUAGGUGGCAAACAUCUCAAUUCUUCCUUUAAAACACAAGGUUGCCUGAUCAAGUCCAUUUGUAAUAACCUGAAACCCAGAGACACUGGAGAUGUACAGUGGGUGUGUAGCAUGUGUAAAAAUACAGAUUUAACAUUUCAGAACUUUUUGAUAAAACUAAAGAAGGAUAAAACUAACUCCUUACCUCUUCCCCCACUCAUUUUUUUGCAUCAAUUCUGAUAUGCCUGCUGUGUAUUUUCAGCCUUCUCAUUACGAAUGUCUUAAUGUUUUCAGUUUACUUUUCUAAUCUCAUUGGUAAUGUAGUUCAGCAGCCAAUAACUCCAUGGAACUUUGAAACAAAAACAAAAGUUUUUGAUUAAACAAUUCAGAAUCCACAA